AGCCACCGAGCCGGUCGCCACUUCCUGGCUUUGUCUUUCCCCACCCAACAUGAGAUCCUCGUGAGUUCCUGGGCAGUUAAUGUGAUGCUUCUCUUUUUCCCAAGCAUCUUCCCCAUUCCUUGAAAAGCCUGCGCAAGUUUGGAAGCUUCAGACUUCCAGUUCCCCCACAAGAGUUGCAGCAGCAGCACCUGCGCCUCCCUGGCUGACCAGGAGGAGCUUAGGGGAGCUACCAGCACCCCGAAGCCUAGAGGAAAUCUGUUGCUUUCUGCCAGGAGCUACAGCAGCCCAGGGGACUGGGAGAGAGACUGCUUUUUUGGGGGGGGGGAGGUCUGCAAACUUUGCUGGAGUGACGUGCUGCUGAUCUCUUUUCUUAACCAGCCCUGCCUUAUCACCCUCCACCACCCCCAUAAUAAAACCUUCUAGAUAAGAAAGAAGGAUUUGCUUUUUUAAACUUUUAAAUGACAAAUUAAGAUUUGCGCACAAGGAAACAAGAGAGAGAGAGAGAGAGAGAGAAACUUUUUUCCCAGUAGUGAGGAGUAUAGCAACAAGUGAGGAAAGCUCUGGCCGCCUGUCUGCCUCUCCACCCGGCAAGCCCCUCGCAGAAGGCAUCCUUUGGCAGGACGGCUCUGAUCUGACAUCCCUCUGAAGGAGAUACUUCAUCUGCAGCAGAAAAUGAACCCAGAUCUCAAGCUUGCCCUGGCGCUUUUCCUCCUGCAUGGACUGCUGUGGCUUCACGGUCUUGCAAAGGAAGAGAGGCUGAUGAAACCAGAAUUGGACUUCAACAGAGACCAUAUCAUAGUUGAUGCUGGAGACCCUUUCACCAUCAUUUGCCGGGGCUCUCUUGGCUUGACGUGGCUUUGGAGAAAGGACCAAAUCAAAGAAGGUGAUCGUUGGCAGGUGUAUGAAAAGAAGUGUUCAGACAGGCCCUGGCAGACCUGCAGCACCCUGGCAGUCAACCGAGCCCUUGCCAAUGACACUGGUUACUUCACCUGCCUUUACAGACAUCUCCCUUCGAAUGAAGAACUCGAAGCCAAGUUGUAUGUGUUCAUUAGAGAUAACACACAGCCUUUUGUAGAGAUCCACACAAAUAUUCCUGACGUGAUCUUUGUACAGAAUGCUACAAAUGUGAUUGUGCCUUGCCGAGUCACCUCACCGGAUAUCAGACCAACACUGCUGCUGCAUCCUUCCAGUCAUGCAGUGAGCUCUGUAAAGAUGGAAUGGGACCCCAAGAGAGGCUUCCUGAUCACUUCACCCACCUUUGAAUUCUUCAGUGCUAUGCUCAAGUGUGUCGCUACCAUCAGGGGAGACCAAUACACUUCCUACUACAUGCCACAGAAAGUAGAGACGAGGAUUAAGAACCUGGCUCUAAAAGCAACUCCCCAAAAGCUGUUGGUUGGAGACACCCUUAGCCUGGAAUGUAGUGCUGAGACAUUUGUCAAUGGCCGCAUUGUGUUUGUAUGGACAAUUCCUGGAAGGAGAGAACCUACAACCAUAAGGAAUUUGGACAAAAGUGGGCUGGUGUAUAAAGCCUCUGCUAAUGUGGUCAUCAAGAAUGUUACAAUGGAGAACAGAGGGCUGUAUGCAUGCAGAGGCAUUGUUGCCAAUACAACACGAUCAAGAUCGCAGGCCAGCGUCACAGUCACUGUGUAUAGGAGAGCUUUCCUCAGGGUUUCCUAUAAGAAAAACAAUUCCUAUGAAAUUUUGGAAGGGCAAAAGAUGCUGAAACUGGCUUGGAAGGUUGAUGCUUUCCCCCGUCCCAAAGUGACCUGGUACAAGGAUGGCAAGAAGCUAAUUGCUGGGAACAGUGACUGCUAUGACCUAGAUCCAGUGAAGUACAGGCUACUCAUAAGUGAUGUGAGAGCAAAGCAUGCUGGCAACUACACCAUAUCCCUGAGCAACGCUAAGCAUGAUCUCCAUGAAGACCUCACCAUCGAGCUCGUUGUAUUAGAGACACCUCGAAUUUAUGAAAAGGAGACUGAUUUUCACAAAACAGAGCUGGUCACCAAAGGAGGAGAAGACAGCCUCCAAUGCACAGCAAGUGGGACCCCUCUGCCCACCGUACAUUGGGAAUGGGAGCCAUGCAGUCAUGCAGACAACCUAUGCAAGCAACGAGGGAAAAGGAUCAAGGUGGAGGAAACCGCUGGCCGUGAAAUCAUCUACCCAGCCAAUAAAAUCAAGACCACUGAUGCUAAGCACAUAAGACAUGGCAAUAAGUUAAAGGUCAUAAGUACCCUGGAAACCACAGCAAGCAAUGUCUCAGGGGUCUAUUUCUGCGUGGCUUCCAACAAAGUAGGCACCGAAGAAAGAAGCAUCAAAUUCUACGUCUCAGAUGUUCCCUCACUCCUACAGACUGAGCCACAAAUCACAGCCAUUGUAGCAAGCAAUGUCCAAAUGACCUGCAAGUCCUCCAAGUAUAUCUACAACCACCUCUCUUGGUAUGACCCCACCUUGCAGCCCAUCCCUGAUGCUCUGAUGCAGAAGAAGGUGGACAACUAUUCCAUCUCCUUGACCCUGGACAUUAAGAAUGUCUCCCAGGCACAGGCUGGGCUGUACAAGUGCAGAGCUCGGACCCAUCCACACAGUACUGAGGGGCUGGAGAAAAGUACAAUGCUCAACAUCAAAGUGAAGAGUGUGCCUUACAUUAUGGAGAACUUCACAGACUUGGAAGUUAAUAUUAGUGGGAAGAUUGUUUUGGAGUGCAAAGUAAAUGGGACACCCAAGCCCAUUAUUGCUUGGCUGAAAAAUGGCUACCCAAUUGCCCCUGCUUCAGGAAUUUCCAUGGAGAACAACACCCUGGUGAUUGAGCGAGUGAAAAAGGAUGACGAGGGCCACUACGCAUGCAAGGCCGUCAACGAAAUGGGCCAAGACAGCACCCAGGCAUUUGUUAAAAUAGAAGGCUCUGAGGAAAAGUCCAACAUUGAAGUCAUCAUUUUGGUUUGCACUGGUUUAGCGGCCACCCUCUUCUGGCUCCUCCUGACCCUCUUCAUACGGAAACUAAGAAAACCGGAUGCCACAGAUAUUAAAACAGGAUACUUGUCUAUCAUCAUGGAUCCCGAGGAGAUGCCUCUCGAUGAGCAAUGCGAUCGUCUCCCAUAUGACAGCAGCAAGUGGGAAUUUCCAAGAGAUCGGCUGCGGCUGGGUAAAACUCUGGGUCAUGGUGCUUUUGGGAAAGUGGUGGAGGCGUCUGCUUUUGGCAUAGAUAAAUCUUCAACCUGCAAAACUGUGGCUGUUAAAAUGCUUAAAGCAGAGUGUGCAACGACCAAUGAGCGCAAGGCUCUGAUGUCUGAACUGAAGAUCCUCAUCCAUAUUGGGCACCACCUGAACGUUGUCAAUCUGUUGGGAGCUUGCACCAAGCCAGGAGGUCCUUUAAUGGUCAUUGUAGAAUAUUGCAAGUAUGGAAAUCUGUCUAAUUACCUACGUGGAAAACGAGGAGACUUCAUUGCAUGCAAGCCACAGGAAAAUUCUGACCCUGCAGAAAAAGGGCUGGAAGAGUCCAUCAGUGAUAUAACAGAGCUGAUCAAGCGGCGCCUGGAGAGUGUGGCCAGCACAGGAAGCUCCACGAGCUCGGGGUUCAUUGAAGACAAGAGUUACACAGACUCGGAAGAGGAAGAGGAAGAUGCUGAAGAUCUCUAUAAGCGCCCCCUGACCUUGGAAGACUUGAUUUGCUACAGCUUCCAAGUGGCCAAAGGCAUGGAGUUCUUGGCCUCAAGAAAAUGCAUUCAUAGAGAUUUAGCAGCCAGGAACAUCCUUCUGUCUGAAAACAACGUGGUGAAGAUCUGUGACUUUGGAUUGGCCAGGGAUAUUUACAAAGAUCCUGACUAUGUGCGGAAAGGCGACGCGAGGCUUCCACUUAAAUGGAUGGCUCCAGAAGCUAUUUUUGACAAAAUUUAUACCACCCAGAGUGAUGUUUGGUCUUUUGGUGUGUUGCUAUGGGAAAUAUUUUCUCUAGGGGCCUCUCCAUACCCAGGUGUGCAGAUUGAUGAGGACUUCUGCCGACGUCUCAAGGAAGGAACAAGGAUGAGGUCGCCAGAAUACUCAACUCUGGAAAUCUAUCAGACCAUGUUGGAUUGUUGGCAUGGAGCCCCAACUGAGAGGCCCACCUUCACUGAACUUGUGGAACGUUUAGGAGACCUGCUCCAGGCGAAUGUGCAACAGGAUGGAAAAGACUAUAUCCCACUGAACAUUACAUUGUGCCCAGAUGGAGAUUCCAUCCCCAAGAUCUGCAUCCUUGAAGAGAAAGUGAGCAGCUGCAUUCAUCGCUGGAGUACAGUAGAAGCAUGUAUUAACACCAAGAAUCGGCCACUCAGCGUGAAGACGUUUGAUGAGGUAUCAGUGGAGAAAGAGAAAAUGGCGCAUGAGGAAUGCGAGUCAGAUAGUGGAAUGGUGUUGACCUUGGAUGAAAUCAAAAGCCGGAAGAGGUUGGAAAUCCGUUCCUGGCCUUAUGGGAUCAUGGCUCUGGCGAGAAAAGCCAUCAACAAGAGCAAGGAGUCUGUAUUCCCGGAGAACGAGCGUGAGUCUGUGAAGUACCAGUUGGCAACACGGGUGGCUGAAGAUACCCUGGAAGAGUCUGUUCUCUUGGCAAUGGAUCCCAGCCUGGAAUGUCACAGCCCACCUCCUGACUACAGUUCAGUGAUCCAGUAUUCUGCUCCUCCAGUGUAACUGGCCCUGGGCUGGCCCUCUGCAUCUCGCAUCUCUCUGACCAUGCAGUAUUCUCAUCAGGCGCCCCAUUCGUGCUGCCUGCUCAACAGAACCAGUGUUUUAAAAAAAGAAAAAAUGUAGGACACAUUCACAACUACCCAGGUCCACCUGUGUGUGGUGUUAAACCCCCCACUGCAGAUGGAAAUCCUUUGAAGAGCAGCUAUCUUGAGGGUAUAUUUCAGCCAAUCUGGCUUUUAUUUUCUAACCUUCCACAUAGCAGACAUUUUUUAAAAAGUGCUGCAAUUGCACGUGUUACAUCUCUGGGGGCUUUUCUCUCAAAGCUUUGGGAUAUACACUGAAAAAUUUGGUUCUAUUAACAGGGGCAUAUUCUUCAGGGAUUACACCUCUCACAGUUUCAGGUAGGAAGAAGAAUUUAUAUUUUCCUCAGUUUUGGUUCCUUAUCACCGUUAGUGGAAAUCAAAUUGAUAGCAGAACCGGAUUUAUGUCUGCCAGAAUCCAAAAGCAACCCCUCCCCAGUGCAUAUCAGAUUGCAAUUGGCUUAAACUGCAAAGUAAGACCGGCGGGGGGGGGGAUUUACAUUAACAUCCAAGACCUUUUGCUCCUCAUGAAUGAAAACUAAAAAGGGAAUAAUUAGUUGUGCUCACUCUUUUCAGGAGCAAACCUCCCUCUCUUUCUCUGAACCAAAAGUCUGACACUGAUAUUAGUGUAACCAUGGCAUCCCCCCAAGAACCCUGGGAAUUGUAGUUUAGGGAGGGUGCAGAGAAUUCUUCAUUGCAGAUCCCACAGCCCCCCUUCCUCACAGAAGUUCCCCUCAGAGGGAGAAAAUGACUGUUACAUCCUUUGAAAUCGGUAGGUGUGCCACUAGUUUGAAAGCAGUGGUGACUGAGUGGCUCCAUGUCAGUGAGACAGUAGAAUCUGCUCUGGGUUUUAAUCUGAACUUUCAAGGAGCUGUCCAAGGUGCUGACCUUAAAGUGGAGUGAAAAUUCAGAAUAAAACCUGGAGCAGAUUCCACUGCCCCACUGACAUGGAGCCAUCAGCCACCACCGAUUGAAUUUUUCAUUAUUAUUUCUCUUACAGAAAGAGAAGGGGAGGGAAACCUUCUUGGCAAUGAAUGUUAAUCACUUGAUCUAAGUCAUUCAGGAGGGACAGAAAAGACCCUUAACUGGCUGUGGUAAUCAUGUUUGGUGGAUGCUAUGGUACUGGGGAAAGAGAAAGAGAAAAGAUGCCUCAGGUGUUGCUGAGUUGGGCUAGGGCAGCUGGAAGGCAAACCUUAGAUCCUGUGAAGCUGUGAAUCAAAAAGCAUCUUAAAAGGAGGAUAGAAAGAACAUCCAUCUGAUUCUUUUAGGACUUUUCAGAUAAUGGCCCCAUAACGAAUAUUGUCCCUUGGAGCACCAAAAAUAUUUCCUUCUAAUGAUCAGUGUGCAUCAGUUAAUCAUGCUGAAAUGUAUGUAUGUGUCUUCUUCAGCUGCUUAGAUAAGCUAAUAUAGAACUUAACUAUAAAAGCACUUAACAUGGAAAUAAUUUAUUCCAAAGAUCAGUGAAAAACCUGUAUCACUCACUCCUGCUUUAAUGUCCUAUUAUGGUUUAGCUCUGAAUUCAUUUUGAUCCUGUCCCUUAUAUUUAACUUGUGGAAAUGGACAUGGGUAGAAAUAUUUGCUUGUGAAAACUAAUUCUCCGAAAAGAGCUGCCAGGAACAGUCGCUGGCUACAAGUAUGGAAUCCUAAAAAAGGAAAGGAAAUGGGGAAUAUUUCUGUUAUGCUAAUUAGCCAGCUAUCUGAAAACCCAGCAACUUUGUGUGUGUGUGUGUGUCAUGUGACUACAAAAUUCAAAGGGUGUAUGCAGGCGGUGGGGCUAAAGAGUUGCCAGUUUUUUGAACCACCCUUUCUAACAAUGCCUGUAGCACUGGUUUGAUCUGCUGCAGUGGCAGGUGGUGUCUCCGUGUCAGUGGGGCAGUGGAAUCCACUCCAGGUUUUAGUCCAAAUGUUCAAGGAGCUUUCCAGGGUGGUUUCAGCCACCAGCUGCCACUGAUUCGCAGGUUAUGUCUGGUAAUGGGUGGAUUCAUUCCAUGCUCUGAAAACCUUCAUCCGCUAAUUUCAGCUGAUCAUAGCUCACAUAAGGGCCCAGGAUCAGGCUGGAUGGCUGGCAGUGGUGGUGUGUUGCAUGUUUUCUGGUCUAGACAGGAGAGAGGCAACUGUUUAAGGUGGUUUCUGUAUUUCAGCCACCAUCUUGCACAUUCUAACCAAUGCCAGAAGUUUUCUUUAGCUAUGUAAUAUGAAUGCUGCGGAGAUUAUGGUUACUUGCACUUUGUUCCUGCUCCCACAAAAGGGGUACAUUGGCUUCGCAACCACCCCAGGGGAUCUACACCGCACAGUGGUUCUAGGAGACAGUGUAUAUGGAACACUAUCCAAUGCUAAUCCUACCCAGAGUAGACCCAUUGAAACUGAUGGACCUAAGUUAACCAAGUCUAUUAAUUUUUCGAAUAGGAUGCAGCCCUAUGCUUCUAGAGUGAUGUGGUUGCCACUUCUCUCUGACUUACAGACACCAUUCCACUUAAGGUCAACAUGCAGUGGGAGAUCCCCAUGCUGGUGCUGGAUCUCCUCACAGACUGCUGUUGCUGUCAUGGUUCCAUGCCCCAUGAUCUGCCCAUUCCGCACAACAUCUGAAUCUAAGCAUGGGAAGAUGCAACCAGCCACUCUGAUCAAUUCAGAGGAGCCAUUCUCCUCUGUGCAGAAUGGCGCUGUGGUGUAAAUUACUGCUUUGCUUCACCCAAGCUACCUUGUGGCCCUUUCCCCAAUUCCUGCACUGGCAGAGCAGCAGCAGGAGCUGCAGAUGCCCAAGGCCCUCGUCUCUUGACAGGCACAGGAUCUUCUAACAGGGCCUUUGAAAACUGGUUUCAGGACCAGCAGAAGAACAUUCUGCUUUCACAAUAAGGCUAGUGCAUUCAGCAUCUCAGCUGUACAAAUGCAGCACCAGGUAAAGUAGCAAGAGUGUGUGUGUUUGUGUUCUCUUUGAAUUCAUUGGAAACGUUGAGAAAGAGGGAAGUGAAAGGCGCCUUGCAGUUUACUCUCUAGGUUUUUCCAUCACCCAGAGCAGAACCCCAGCAGAUGCCCUAUGCGCCGAACCUUCCUUAGGGAAACAUGACACCACCACACCCGUUUUUUGCAACAUGUCCCAUUUCCUGCCAUGCUCCAUUAUCUUGCCAUAUAUGCAAAGGGUCGCUGAUGUAACCCCUUACAGGCAGGUUACAUCACAGCCCAAAGAUGCCCUCGUCCUACUAAUAUGGAAUUGGAGAACUCGUGUGGUGUGCCUCUUCCCAAAGCCACAGACACCCCCAUGGACUCACUGCCCAACAUCUCUGCAGGACUGAUCCUGACUUUGGUUUCAUAGACAUUCUUGUUGUUUUUGUGUUAACCAGCCUACAUACUGCCUAAAAAUGAACCUAUAUUACUUGUAUUUUAGUUACUAAUAUUUUUUGUUUGCCCUCACCUUCCCCUCCCUUAAUUUAAUUACUGUGUUGUUUUUUCAAUUAUGUUGCUACAUAGAGAGAUAGAAACAGUCCUGCCAAAGUACAGCGCGUGAUCUCUCUGGUAGACGUGAACCCUCCUUUUGUGUAAGCUUUUUCUCCCUGAUGUCGCUACCAACAUGUCUGACUUUGGCAGGGUCGUGCUGAUCCUCUGUAGAAGCAGUUCAAUGCAGACGUUCAUUUACGUGGCAAUGUUUAUCACGCUUAAUGAAGUACCAAAGAGCAGGAAAUCCCCUGAUAUGAGAGCUUUCCAUAUCUUUACUGAAGAUGUCACUAAUGCUUGCGGGACAGGCUCCAGUUUACAAGACCCUCCCCAGUUCCAUGACUUUGUUUUUUGUUUUGCCAAACAGCCUCUCCCUCCCUCAAAUUUUUGCUCGUUUUGUGUUAAUGCUACUUGGCUCCUUUUAGAAACCAAGGAGCAGCAUAAAUCUUGUGGGGGGUUGGGGGGGGAGAUCAAAGGACAAGAGAGGCAUAACUGACUUUGUUCCCACUUAAGGCUGAUCUCAAUUGCUGGACAAAAAGAGGAGCCAGUUGCCCCAAGGAAGUAUAUAUUUUAGUUUCUUAGAUUACUCAGGGAAUACUUUGUGACUUCAGAGGACACUCAGCCUUUGUGACCUGAUGAACCUCAGAUGCAUCCAACAUUAAUCAGGAGUAAGAUAUCUCUCAUUCUUGUUCUUUCUUUGUUCCGAGCAAGACUUUCUCUUUAUUCACCCUUUUCGCAAUUGUGCAUUGACAGAGAAGAGAGUUAGCCUGUCGGUUUUCUGCCUUUUAUAGUAGGCAAUAGUAGGCUAGCCCUAAUAUUAGGCAGAGUGAGGCAGCCACCACCAGUUGCUGAGGGGCAGGCAAAGCUGCAUGUCAUGUGGUUGGCCUGCACCUCCUACACGUGCCUGCUGCCCUGGGGUCCCAUCACCAAUGUUGAAGUAUGAUUCAACUGCCAGCCUAGAUAGAUUUUAUACUUGGAAUGUAGGACGCAUCACCAGGCCCUUUGCUUCAGAGGCAGCAAAAUGUCUUGGGCUGGCCCUGAUUUUCUCUCCCUUUUUACCACAGUUAAAGGCUUCAUAAUAAAAGGCGUCUGUUUAUAUCCCUGAUCCAUUCUUAACACUGGGAUUAUUCUUUCAGAAACGUAUUCAUUGCCCCGCUCUAAUUGUACGUUGUGAUCUGCCACUGUGACACUGAGACAAAAGCAAUAUUUCUUAUCCCAUAUUUUGGGGAGUCUUCUGCCUCUCACUUGACAGAGAGAGGCUAAAAGAAAGUUGAAGGCAUCAUCAUGCUCUGCCUUGCUUAUGUUCUCUGAAGGGUUAGUCAGCACUUCCACAAACCCUGUUUAGCCGGAGAUGACAUUGGAGGGAAAGAAGCAUGUAUGUUAGGAGUGGGCAGACUUGUCAGAUUUACUUUGCAUUUUAGUAGAAUCCCAAGAUCUACCAACUAGAGCCAGUUGCAAAGACAUACACAUUCUGUAUGUGAGCACAUUCUGAACCUAGAAAUUUAUUUUCAGUCUCAGAACUGACCUGACCUCAAAAGUCUUUUCAUACAAAAGCCUAGUCCUGCUGAGCUCCCUUCAUUUCCACAGCCUAAUUAAGGUGGAGAAAGUUGUUUUGUUGUUACUACUGCAAAACAAUUGGGAGUCAGAGAAACCAUUGCAGAAGGUCCCAAUCUGCCUUCUGCCCAUCCCUGAUGCACAACCUUCGGGUCUCUGGAAAUGUCUGCAGUCAAAAAGCAUAGAGGAUAUGGUAUAAAAGGCCCACUUUCCUUGCCCCCUGUGAGUAGCAAGCACUUCGCUAUAUCGUCUGAAGAGGAUUUUCCGACAUUGGAUGGAUCUAAUCAUAAAACCUCUGUUACAACGAGUUAAAUUGGGUGACUAAUUCAGAAGUUACAAAGGAUACUAGAACAUGCAUCAAAGUGGCAACAGCUCAAUGUGGUGCAUUGUUUACCAUGUGGAUCAGCACUCCAUACAGUCAGGGCAUGGUGCAUGAUGGACAUAAAUCCCCUCCACAGUCCCAUUCCUAUAGAAGCAUGACCUGUUAGAAGGUGGCUGUAACUGAGUCAUCCCUGAAGCUUACUUACCAAUGUAAGUUAAAAUAUGGCGUUUGCUCUCACGAGAUGUAGUGAUGUCCACCAACACGGGUGGCUUUAAAAGAGUAUUAGACAAAUUCAUGGAGGACAAACCUAUCAAUGGCUAUUAACCAUCAUGGCUAUGUCCCACCUCCAUUUUCAGGGACAGAAUGCCUCUGAAUCCCAGUUGCUGAGAAUCACAGGUGGAGAGAGUGCUGUUGCACUCAUGUCCUGCUUGUGAGCUGCCCGUAGGCAUCUGGUUGGCCACUGGGAGGACAGAGUGUUGAAAGAGAUGGGCCUUUGGCCCCAUCCAGCAGGGCUUAUGGCCUUUAUGUCCAGAUCAGGAGCCUCACCAUGAGCUGACUUGGAACAAAAUUGCCUUUUCUUCCUGUCCAUAUAUGUGAUUCCAAUAUACCUCAUCCUGAAGGAUAUGCCAAAUUGGUGUCUUUUUUAAAAAGCUGUUCUGCUUUCCCCAUCGGUUUCUAAAAGAUUCUGCCACAACCGUAGUUCACAUGUGAUGUCACCAGCCAAGGGCCCAGAGCAACUGAGCCUAUCCUCUUGUUCAAUGGAAAGGGCUUCACUGUGAUCACUUGUCCUACCAAUAAUACACAUUGGAACCUACGUAAUCGAUGCUGGAAAACAUUUUGACUGCUGUGACCAGAGGCAAGAUCAUGAUUUUUUACAGAAUGAAUGCUUAAAAUAAAAUAAGAGAGAUUAUCUGACUUUCAGUUCUUCAUAUAUCCUCUAAUCUCAUGUGCCCCCCAAACUGUUUGAUCCUAUGAUCUUUAUUACUCUCUUUCCCUCUCUCUCUCUCUCUCCCUCUCUCUCUCUCUCUCUCUCUCUCUCUGUCAAUCCUUGGCCAAUAUAACAGCUUUACCCUGCAAUCCUGUUGCCGUAGGAAGCAUCGAGGACAGAGAAAGAGGUCUCCAAGGCAGUUUGGAAAGGGAGAUCUAGUCUUGGAUUCCCAUUCUCUGCUGCUGCAGCCCUUUCCACAGGUUUCUUCGUGCUAACGCUGGAGUUCUGACACUGCGAGGGCCAAGAAAGAGGUUGCUGGAGCUGGACGUCUUCCUCCACCCUCAGUUCUGCCCUGUCAGUGACAAACCAGCAGGGCACUGGAUAAGGGAGAUCAGUUCUGCCUCUUCCUCGUCCUCCCGUUAGGAUUGCUGCCUUAUUGAUGCAAUUAGAAAUACUGGGAGCAAAAGGCUCAAGAAGGGAUUUGGGCUUAACGCCCUUGCUGAAGGGAAGCUACAGAUUUGCCUAGGACUCCCCCGAGUCAUUACAUAGCAGACAUACCAGCCUGUGGUCUCUGUGAUUGCUACAGUGUACUCCCAAGCACCUCGUUGGUCUGCACCAGGGUGGGUGGGUGGGUGUGUUGUGGGGGGGAGUACAUCAAUCCAAUGAGAUGGCAGGCAGGCCUUGGUUGUGGGAAGACCUAUUGUCAGGAACUGCACUGAGCAGAAACUCCCAUAGACUUGACCCAUCUUUCUCUUUUUGAUACUGCCUCAUUUUCCCGACGUUCCUGAGUUGUCGGUACCAUUAACAAAAGCCUGUUAGCCAGACUAGUAAUGUAGGGUGGCUGAGCAAUCCAAUAAGCAAAUGCCCCAUCCAGCUCCAAACACUAUGGAAUGUAUGGUGAGACCAAUCCCUGUCUUGUCUGAAGAAUGCACUGGAAAAAAAAACCCUGCUCUCUUUAUGUAGUCAAAAAUGUAUUGUAAUUAUUAACCAAAUAAAUAAAAAGGAUUCUAUAUUUAUACAGCCAUAAGCUUCCUUUGUGCUGUCUGUUCCAAUUCAUACUCCGUCCCCAGCAUCUCCC